AUGGCUACCGUGAGUGUUGCACAUAGAUGGAGCGUAGUUCGACAAAAGUUCAGCAGCGUUACAGAGGGAAAACAAGUCGAAAACCUCACCAUCUCAUCAGAUGUCUCCGCUGAACUUUGCAUUCGUCUUCUUAGUUCUUCGUGUCUUCAGAAUUUCUCCGGGCUCAGGGCAAAGAUUCAAACCAGUUCUGCUGAAUGGAUUACAGAAUUUCUCUCUCGUGGUGGGCUGGAAAUCCUCUUUCAAGCUUUGAAGAGAUUAAGCAAGGGGGAAAAAAUGGCGUUUAUGGAGGCGUGUAUGCAGCUCGAGUGCGUCAACUGCAUCAAAGCGGUUAUGAAUUCGAAACGGGGACUUGAUUCAAUGAUCAGAAACAAGACUCUGGUGCGAAAUCUGGCUAAAGGUUGGCGCUUAAUCAGCAUUGUUUAUUUUUUUACCGAAAUUUCAAACAAGUUCAUUUUACGAGCAAAUGAUUUUCAAAUUGCUUAUUGAUUAAUUCAAAUUACGAGACAAAGGAAAAAAGUUUUAAUCGAAUUUUUUUCAUACUUUCUUGAGACCUCAGUGUUUCUAAAGUCUUAGCCAACGUCUCGUUAAUAAAAGUUUGCUUCGUCGUUCGUGAUAGCUAAUUGUACCUAAUUUUUCUCAUUUACAGUAAUAUUUGGUCUCAAAAUAUUUUCGUAAUAUUGGCGAAGACAGACGAGGACCUUUUUCUUUCAAUGUAAACUAUUUCAUUUUUCUAAACAUUUUAUUUUAUCGUGUUUGGCAAUAAACCAGUGACAUUGUCUUUCGGAUGUCAACAUGUUACGAGUAUUAUUUUGUUCUCACGCGGAAAAGAAAAUGAACAUUGUUCUGUUUCACAGGAAAUUAAUAUAUGUAUUUUUAAGUGAAUGUUAAAAAAGAGAAACCUCCAGAAAGGGGAAACCCUUGAAAUUAUAAACUUCAGCGAUGAAAUGGCUUUUUCUUGACACAGCUAUGAAAAUUCCAGAAACAAUUAAUUAUCUUUUGCUUUUGGCUAUUAAUUAUCUUAUCUCGUGACUCUAGUAAACUUUGCUCGGCACAGUGCUUUGCUCUACUGAUAUGUGAAAACGCUUCCAUUUUAAGCCAAUUUAAACUGAUUGUAGCUUGUUCAUUGUUCGUUCCCAGUUGCUCCCUUGUAUGAUAUGAAACCGACAUUUCACCUUUGCCAAUAUUUAGAACAGUCUCUAUUUUUGGACGACCCGGCGUCAAUCUGUCUUCAGCUCACCAUUUAUUGGAGAUCUGAAACGCAUAUUAAGGGAAAAAAAUUAAUUAUUUAAAGAAAAAGUUAGAUAAUGUGUUCUUUUUGUUUAGAUUAUUUAAAAGAUCCCAUUAGAGAAAAGCAAAUGCUAAUCUCAAAGUUGCAUCACCAUAUGUUUGUUGGGGUAAUAACGAAUUUAUAUGCAACGAAGAUUGGUAGUGAUUUUUUUAUCAACUUUCUCUCUAAAUGGUGUUCAAUGUAGCGAAUGAAAGAUAGUUUUUCUUAGAACCCUUAAAAGUUUUAAAGUGGAAACACAACCCGUGUUUUGUGUGGUUUAUGAAAUGGGUUACUUUCGUAAGUUUACUGAGUUGUUAAGUUGGCAAAAUCGCCUGCGAAAUUAAGAGGAAAAAAAAGAAAAACUCUCAUUAGCCGUUGUAAAAAUAGACAAGACUGGUGUUCUAAUUUUGGGUAAUUGGUAAAAGGUUUAUUUAAUACCCUUCCGUUAAUAUAUAUACUUUUUUAUCCUUAUUUGCUUCAUUUUUUAUGGAGUAAAUUUAACAUUAAGACAUUCGAAAAUUUUGACUUGCAGUUUUUCUCAAUUCCCAGAUUGUUUGAGUCAAUACAUUAACAUAGCGGGUUACUGUGUUGUGUUCUUGGGCAAAGCAUUUUAGUCUCGCCAUGCUUCUCUUCUUCACAGACGAACUGUCAGAGAAGCCUGGCAAAAUGGUAAGAAGGUGGGGGGAGGGGCAAUCAGCGAUGGUCUGGGAUCCCAUAAAGGGGGGGCUGGGGCCUUUUCCUUGUAUGCUGACCUUAACCUCACAUUUAAUUAACUCCCUGUCGUUUUCUUUCAGCGCUCGAUACAAACAACACAAUGAUUAAGAAACAAGUAUUUGAACUUCUAUCCGCUCUCUGCCUUUAUUCCAACCAAGGACACAAACUGGCCAUUGACGCGCUUGAGAAUUACAAGGUGAGUUUGCGUCAUUAGGAUGUAAUUUCUCUUCAUAACUUUGCUUUAUUUAUGAGGAAACCAGUUAUGAGAAUAAAAGAAACGAUAAACUCUAAAGGACACGUACGUGUCACAUAUGAACUUAGAAAUGACUCUGGUCGCCAUAGACUUCUCUUUAGCUCAGUGGAAGAACAUCCGUGAUGACCUUGUGCAGAAACUUUACACACUUUAGCCCCCCACCCUCUCGACCCACGUGUAUCAAUGGGUACCAGUGGGCUUUUAGGGAAAUUGAUGAAUUGCAGGGGGGAGGUGUUAUCUGUAAAAUGGAUUAGCCCCUCUCCUCCGGGGGAAGUGGCGGCAAUAGUCCUAGUCUUUUCAUGUUCUUGAAACCGGGAUAAGCUCCGGCUGGAUGGGCCACUUGGCUCGAGUGAAGAGUGAACCCUACGAGUGACUAGCAUCUAAUUUCUCCACACAAUAUCAUCACUGAAACACAUGAAUGUCAUGAUAAUAAAGGAAAUGAUCACCAACUAAAGAAACUCUUGAUUGUUAGACAAAUUCUCCCUGUCAGCACCUUAGUUAAUGUACAGAGUACAGUAUAGAGAAUGUGAAUACUGAUGUUAGGCUGUAAAGGAUUAACCAAUCUGAUCAUGACUUUUAACCUUUUUAUUUCAUUUCAACCGCAGCUCACCAAGGGUCAGCGGUACAGAUUUAGUUUGAUCAUCAAUGAGCUUAAAAAUGCCGAAGUUAUGCCAUACAUGACCACGUGUUUAGCCUUCAUCAACACUAUACUCAUCGCUACGGAAGACUUUGAAGAACGAGUCCGCCUGAGAAAUGAGUUUGCAGGUGAGUAAACGCUAAUGUCAAUACGAUCGUAAUAGACCUCGGUCACUGUAGAGUCUCUGUGGCUCAGUGCCAGAGCAUCGGAGCGCGGAAUCCGAAGGUCUGAUGUUCGAUUCCUCAUAGGAAGCUUCUUCACCGAGCUCAAAACUUACCAUCUCUUUUGUUCUAUUUAUAAAGUUAUAGGUUUUUCUGAGGUGCUGUGCCGCAUCUGAGACUCCCAAUAUUUGGCAGUAAUCUACUCCGAAGAACUAAACGUUGCCAUCAGAAAAUUAAUAAAAUUCCCUCUCAAAAACCACUCUACCCUCCCGUACCUCCGACGCACGAAAAAUCUUGAUGUAACUUCUUCAGAAGCUUCCUCUCAUCUCAAGUGUUUUCCUUUACCUCAAAUUAGUCUCCCACUUCAAAACUGUUGUUUUAUCUCAAAAUACAGGUUCUUCUUGACAACGUUUUAGUUUGCAUUGCAUUUGAAUUACCUUUUCAAAUAUUUCACCUCAAAUACGUAGAAUUAUCUUAUCUUUGUGCUUCACUCAUUGAGGAUACUCACAAAUACAGUCCUUCGUAAUCAUCUGUUUUCUAAAAUCUUUAGUGCUUCACUUAGUUUCAUGAAGUUUUAAAGAGUUGUCUGUUUUUCCAAACAACGGCCUUAGAUCGCAUCUUACGUAAAGAUGUUCUCGUAGUCUUUUCAUAAACAAAGCAUUUCAUACCAUAUGUUUCCACUUAGAGCAUUUCUUGAAAUUUAGCCAAUGUUUUGGCAGAGUGAAGAAGAUCCUUUGUCAAGCUUACCAAAUUCCGUUAGUUUUGGUGAGUGGAAAGAUUUGCACAACGAAAACAAGGAUGAAGCAAAUUUAAGUUUUUUCUUUACGGUCACAUUAAUUACCGAUAAAUUUGUUUGUACUUCUUUUAAAUCUCCUUAACUGAAAAAAAUUGAAAACAUCAGCCUUCAAAUUUCGUUUUUUCUUAAGUAAGUGUUCGGGAAUAAGCGAAGAAUAAUUUUGAAGGCAAAAAAUGUGCGAUUUUGCCAUAGAAAUCAUCAGAUAUUAUGGUUCACUGUAUUUCGCUCGUCGCUGUUUUCUUAGCGUACUAUCAAAUCAUUCGUGGGUUUUUCUCCAUUGUUUGGUCCCGCAGUGUUUCCAGCAGUGAGAAAAUUGAGGGCUUUGAUGUUUGUGGUUUACAUGUUUAUCGCAAUUGGACGGCAAAGAACCUUUACAUUGCAAAAUUCGGCCGUGCGAAGCGAAUUCCAUGCGAAUCGGCAGGUGAGACACCAAAUGGCAUCACAUACACUUCCACGCAUCAAAGAAUCGUUCUCGCAGUGGGACCUAUAAUUUUUGAAGUACGAAGCUCUGGUUUAAUUCUAUGAACACAUGUAACAACUUCAGAUUAUGUGGGUAAUAUUUUAGUUUCUAAUGCCGCGGAAAUACAGCACUUUUGGGCCAAUUUCGCGCUUUGAAAACUGGUCAGCAUGUAGUCAUAGCAUACAGAAAUAUAAUGGCUCCCAAUUAUUCUUUAACAGGGCUAGGACUCUUGGACAUCCUAAGCAAUUUGAGGUAAAAUAUUUGAUAACACAUUAGAAAAUAUGUUAGUUUGAGAAUUUGUUGUUGUUAUUAUUUAUUUAACAGCGCUUUCCACAGUGUUUUAUGUAACACAAAUCUCGCAUUUUCCCCGAUUUGCUCUUGUUCGGUAAACUUAAUUGAAUUGUAUUUUCAGUACUUGUUUCCAUUCUGCCGACAGCUAAAAUGUAUUUAGUGGAUAGAUUAAUUGCAAUUUUCAUGUUUUUUAUGAGCUUACUUGCGCAAUAACCCAACCAAAACACAGCGUAUUAUGACUCAAUUGAUUUUCCGGAUUUUUUGUGUUCGUUUGCGCAACAACACAAGCAAGAAAGAAGCUCUACAAAUGAAACCUCCAAAAUCUUAUCUAUUAAUAUUUGAGUAGAUUUAUGAGUUUCCCAGAAUCAUUUUGAUGUAUCGAUCUUACAUCUUUCUCCGCAAGAGAGUAAUGAUAAAAAAUAUAUACGUAUAUAUAAAAAUAUAAAUAUAUAUAUAUAUUUGACGGGUAGUGAACGUUUGAACUUUAAGAAGAUCUCCCAAACAAACGCCCGUCGAGGCCUGAAUUUUUUCAUGUAUGGUUUCCUGCUUUCAGUUUAAUUGCCGUUAAUCUGUAAAUACAUUGAUUGUUUUCUUGGAACUUGUUAGUCGCCAGGUAGAAACUGUGUUUAUGGAACGACUGCGAAUUGAAGAAGUCGCCUAAGUUCGUACCUUGACCUCCCACGGUCAAGCGAUUCCUCUAAUUUCAGCUAGCGAGUAGAAUCUGGGAACGAGAAUACGAUUCGCCUCUUUCGUUGCUUGUGUCAUCGCUCGGCUUUCAAUUUUACGCGGCAAAAGCUUCAAGAGGGCAAUCGUAAUUACAUGCAUUGUGUCAUUUAUCGCAGGCACAACGAUGACGAAGAGUUAUUGGUUCAACUCGAUGUGUUUGAAGAACAGAGACUGGAGGAUGAAGAUGAUCUGAACUCCCCUGAGGGAGUAAAUCUGACGUCUCACUUGGACGUAUUUCAUGCUUUGUUUAGAAAGGUUUGUCCUUAUUUUCUGGCGACGUCUUUGCCUUUUUGCUGUGGUAAUUAAGUGCAACUAUGAAGAAAAAUGUCUUCUUGCUCUCACAAGAUUUUUUUUUCACUCUGAGCAAAAUCUCCGCAUGCCAAUCAUUGCAUACAAGAAAACUAAAAUGAUUUAUGUAUGAAAGACAGAAAGCAAGAACAAAUUGGUUGUUGAGGGUCAAAAUAAAACAAGCACCGACGUCCGCCACGUAAGCUAUACAUUAAGUUUGUGGCAAUCUACAUAAAAAAAAUUACGGGCUCGUGCAAGUUUGUUGUCUUUGAAACAUUAACUAGUGCUUAUUAACACAAAAUUGCAUUUGAAAUCGUGAUAUUACUUUUACUGACAGGCAUCUAUAUAUAUUCAUAGGUGAGUAACAAACCUCAAGGUGUAAACCUAUUAAGCAUUCUACAAAACCUGCUUUUGAUCGAGGAUGAUUCACCUGUGUCGGACUCGGUUUGGGAAGUGAUCGAGAAACUUGUAAAACGAGCUGUGAACAUCGAUAGUCGUAAUCGAGCGGAGUCAAUCCUAGAGGAAGGUGAGAGGCAAUUUACCAGUUUACAACAUGGAGGUUCAUCAAGGGAAGGCAACAACACGCGGAGUGGUUCUCCUGAUGAAAACUUGACCCAUCGAAUGUCCGUGGCGCAGCAAUCGUCAGAAGAUGUACGUUCAGCUUGCGUGCGUUCUGUCUCUGUUGAUGACCCCAGUUCGACGUCUGUUGUGGCAAACGGGAUUCACGAGGAAAUACAGGCUUCCACGCAAGCAAAUCUAGAGGAAGCAUGCCCGAUGACAUUUGAAGAUGAAGAAGCAGCUCCUGCUUCUGUCAAAAUUCUUGAAGGUAUCAUUCAGAAUAACAAGAAAAAAGAGGGGCGAUCAUCCAGUCCAGAACUUAUGUUGGACCUUGAAAGUGUUGUAAAUGAACUCGGCUUAAACAAUCCUCCUGCACCUCCUCCUCCGCCGCCCCUGCCUGGACAAUCAAAUGGUGAAGAUAUUCAAAUCGUAAUGAAUCACGUAGAAACAACUGAAAGCGCACCUUCACUGCCAGGAAAAGAUGAGAGUUUUUCGUACGGGAAAUCAGUUACUCCUCCUUCUGUAGGAGCCUCAGCCAUUCCUCCGCCCCCUCCUCCGCCUCCCGUGAUAGGAAGAGGUGAGAUUCCUCCUCCUCUUCUUCCAGGAAUGAAUGGAGUACCACUUCCUCCUCCUCUGCCUGGAAAGGUUGGCGUGCCACCACCACCUCCUCUAGGAACUGGGGUAGUUCCUCCACCACCGCCUCUUCCAGGAGUAGGUGGAAUACCCCCUCCUCCUCCUCUACUGGGAAUGGGUGGUGUGCCUCCCCCUCCACCUCUUCCAGGAAUGGCUGGGGUACCGCCACCGCCCCCUUUACCUGGAAUGGGAGGAGUACCUCCACCUCCACCUCUUCCAGGAAUGGGCGGGGUACCACCACCACCCGCUUUACCUGGAAUGGGGGGAGUACCUCCACCGCCGCCUCUUCCUGGGAUGGGUGGAGCACCCCCGCCUCCCCCAUUACCUGGAAUGGGGGGAGUACCUCCGCCCCCACCACCUCCAGGAGCUGGGGGAGUUCCACCUCCGCCGCCUCUGGGUGGGUUUGGAGUCACUCGAGUUUACCAGCAGCCCGUUCAUCGUAGUGUCAGCUGCCCGCUCGUCCCUCCGGUGAAACCCAAGAGUAAGAUGCGAUCCUUAGCGUGGCAGAAGCUUCCUCCGCAUGUGAUUCAGAGGAGUAAGACGUGUGUAUGGGCACGUGUCAUGGCCCUGGAGGUAAUCCAGCCUGAUUUUCAUCUGGAAGAGGAGUGGUUUUGUCAAAAGAAGACGGGCGGAGCGAAGAAGACGGAGACAAAGAAGAAGGAGCCCUCAGAGGUAUGGGUUGAUUACUUUUGCUUGUCUUGUGCGAGAGCACCACUUUGGGUGGAGUGUAUUGCGUGACUGUGUUAGAGGCCAUGGAAGCGUGAAUUCAGCCAAAAAAAAAAGAUUAUAGACGCUGGGAAAGUUACUAUUUCUUUGCAAUUAAUUUUUUUUUCCUUUUUGUAGAUCACCCUACUGGAUCCAAAGAGGAGUCUGAACGUUAACAUUUUUAUGAAGCAGUUCAAAAAGUCAGUAUUGCUGUGUAUCUCUUUUGAGUAUUAUUGUAGCUUUGCCGCGUUGACCUCUCCUUCAUUGGGCUACGGACUGGAUAUUGGAAAACUUUCUUUAUCUUGGGCGUAGACAGAAUUUCCGGGGGGGGAAGAUUACGGUCGCUCCUAGUUGAAUUUGGUGCACGCUAGGUUGUCGUGGAGAACAGGGAUGGGGUAAAUGUGAGAGUGCUCACCUCCCAUCGCUAGGGUCUGGGUUUGAUUGCCGGACCUAACGUCACAUGUAGGCUGAGUUUGUUGGAUUUUUUCACGUUCCCGGGUCCUCCGGUUCUCCUUCCUCCACAAUUUGCAAUUUGACUUGGAAGCAUUGGACGAAGAUCUACUUUCGGGUGGUAGUGCUGCCAAAAUCCUCUUUAAUUAUUUAUUUCUUUAUUUAUUUUUUGCUAUUUUUAUUUCUUAUUAUUAGGGGGAAGGGAAGUUACGAAGGCUCUAGAAUCCCCCUAAGUCAUGCCCCCAUUACCAAUCACCCCAAGAUGUGGUUAGUUUUCGCACCCAGGAGUUCUCAAAGCGUAGUAGCGGCUCUCUCGUUUGCCAAUGUAACAAGAGCAGAGGCAAGUGUUUGAAAGGAGGCGUACAAUUUUCAAAUAAACGUUUUCCUUAUUUCCUUUAGGUCAAACGAAGAGAUUGUUGGGUUGAUUCAAAACGGGAACAGCAAAGCUUUUGAUGUUGAUGUCCUGAAAUCGUUCAUCAAACUCCUUCCAGACAACACAGAGGUCAGUAUCUAAGAGCAAAGGUGUUUUAUAAAAUAGUCUAACCUAUAGUCUAACUUAUCGUCUCCUUAGAGUAUACAUACAUUAUUCAGAAAACAGCUUAGGAGAUUAAACUAUAUCUAUAUCCUGUGAGCGUGAAGAGGACUUUUAAGAUGAAUUCUCAAACUGAAAUUUGUUUGUGUUCUGUCCCUUUUCAGAGAGAAAUGCUGAAAGGAUUCUCUGGCGACAAAACCCAGCUGGGUUCGGCUGAGAAGUUUUUGUUGGCACUGGUCUCUAUUCCUGGGUAUGGUUACUUUGUUCUCUAUUUUAAAAUUUUGUUAUCAUUUUAAUUUCUUUCAAUUAUAUCUUUGGAACUGAGUUGAGUGAAUAAAUAAAAGAUAAACAAUUAUCGUGGUUAUCUGAUUUUUUAUUUGUUUUUCUGAGCAGGUACAACCUUCGUCUAGAGGCCAUGUUACAAAAGGAGGAGUUCCAGAUUACAGUUGAAACAAUCGAACCAAGUUUAGAAUCUUUGAAAGGAGCAAUACAAGGUGUGCAUAGUUUUUACGAACUCUUAAAAUCUAGAAAAAAUAUGAAAAGAAUCUCAUUACUAUUUUCAAACAUUUGUUAUUGAGGUGGAAGAGAAGUCGCUUUAAUUACACAAGGCAGACUUUGACCAUAGGUUACCUAGCAGUCAUUAUUUGCAUUAACAGAGGAUACAUCCCGAAACUAAAAGAGAACAACAUAUCACUACAAAGCGUAGAAGGGGUUUGAACUUAGAAAAAGCGACACGUUAAGUUUAAUUUUGAUUUAAAAUCUCUGUUGGUUUCAAUGCAGAGAUUUGUAUUUUGUGUUUCAUUCUUUUAGACUAAAUACUAAUCAACCUCAAAUAUAUUCAGAUAUCCUCAACAGUGAAAUUCUACCAGAGGUUCUUCAGCUGAUUUUGAUCAUUGGCAAUUUUCUGAACUCGGUAAGAGGUGUUUUUUAUUAUUAUUAUUAUAAUUAUUAUUAUUAUUAUUAUUAUUAUUAUUAUUAUUAUUUCAAACUCAUCUUUUUUCCGUCCUAUGCAAGCCUAACCUUGUCACUAACAGACAUUUCUUUUAUGUUUUAUGUUGUAGGGAGGGUACGCUGGGAAUGCUGUGGCUUUUAAGAUCAACUCACUCUUAAAGAUUGUGGACACGAGAGCCAACAAACCCCGCAUGACCCUCAUGAACUUCUUGGUGCACGUAAGUUCGCACGUUUUCUUUGAUUACUUAAGCUAUUUUGAAUUACAAAGAACUAGUUACAGCUGGUAACAAAGCCUAGCAAUUCAAUAUCCGCGCCUAGCGCGGGAAAAAACUUUACUAGCGACCAGCGCGGGGAAAAAUACUUGGUAAGCGCGGAAACACGGCUAUUGCUAAGUGCGGGAAAGUCGUGUCUAGGAAAAGAUGCAACAUGCCCCAGGCGCGGCGGGAAAGCUGUAAAAAUUUUUAAAUGCAAAGCUCAGAAGAAAAAACGGAAAAUCAAACAUGGUAAAUGGGUAAAGCAGGUUGGUUUCUGGACUCCUAUUCGUUUUUAGCUGAGACAUUGGGAACAGUCGUGAAAUUUAUUGGGAGCGUGAGAAAAUUGUCUCACAGAAGCAUGUUUUGCAUCUAUUUAGGUUGCUGAGGAGAAACGCGAGAAAGUAUUAAAGUUUACCGAAGACAUGAAGCAUCUUGACAAAGCCGUCAAGUAAGUGUUGUUGCUCUUGAAAAGUAAUGAGUUGAUAGUCCGACAUAAACAUGGUCUGUUAAUAGUCGUCAGUUAUGUUUGUUAGACAUCGUGAAUUCAAAAUAAUGAAACUGGAAGUAAUUGCCUUAUUUCUUAAACUUAGGUUAUCUGUAGACAAUCUUACUGGAGAAGUAGUGGGCCUCAAAAACAAACUCAAAAGCCUUGAAAAAGAUAUGAAAAGUGGACCGAAAGAUAUUUGCACUCAAUUUUCUGAAUUCAUCGAGGUAAGAUUGUUUGGUUUUUCUUCUUUGUUCACUGCCUCGCUUUUUUCUUUACGUUGAAAAUAGCUUUUUGACAGAGUGUUGUUAAGAUAAAACCAUUGUAAUCACCACAGCCAAUUGAAUUAAACGAGAAUGUGACAAGGAGCCAAUGAGAAGCCAAAGUGAAAGCAAAACGCGGGAAAAAGUUUGUAACCAAGUCGCGAAUAGGUUUAGCUUUGCUCUGAUUGGUCGCGAGGGUGGCGAAAGUUUUACUUGACCAAUCAGACAACGUAGUGAGGCACAACGAAUGCAUUUCCACGUUAUUUUGAUGAGAGCAUUACUCGCGCCUGCUCUCACGCCAUAUUCGGACUAUCAAAAAAGAAAAAACGAAAAAAUGAAGGGCUCUCUUAAGCAGUUGAUCCCCCGUUUUUUGUAAAUAUUUUGUUGUUUUCUUUUUUUGUUCGGACAAAACUUUUUUGGUCAUAAACUAAGUAUGUUUUCUUGCCCUGCAAUGAACAUAUUGUAAAUCACUUACAGGGCGCUUUAGAGAAGGCGAAGCAGCUAGAGGAAGGCAUCACCGAAAUCCACAGCCUCACCAAACAACUGGCGAUGUAUUUCUGCGAGGACGAGGGAAAAUUAAAACUGCAGGAGUUAUUGUCUUUGUUCAAGACUUUUGGUGAUCAGCUGAACAAAGCUAAGAAGGUGAAUAAACACUUGUUUUGCUGUUUCGUAUAUUUGUAGCGAGAAGUGCACAAUAACAAAUACUUUGUACUUAGCUUUAUAUCCUUUUCUCUCGUUCCAGGAUAACGAACAAUUUCGUAUCCAAGAGGAAAAACGAAAGGCACGCGAGAAAAAGAAAGCAGAAGAGGCAGCUAGAAAUGCUGAAGCAGGGGGCAAAGUGAAGACCAAACCGCGGCCAAUAGACGAGGAACAAGAAGGGUGCAUUGUGGACCGACUGCUCAGUGACAUCAGGAAAGGCUUCCCCCUGCGGAAGCACUCCAGAGGGACAUCCUCCGGGAGGAACAAAUCAGCAUCGCCCACGAGGCCUAAACGGAGCCGCGACGAAGGAGGUAAAGACGGAUUUCGAAAGAUCUCGGGCCCAGCCACGGCCCGAGCUAAAUUAGAACCGACUGAAGAGGAACAGAAUGAGAUUCUGCCUAAGAGAAAUCUUGAAGGACCUUCUCUUCCAAUCAGAUAGAUCGACUGCAUCAAGAGAAAAUAAGGGAAAGAGAGAGGUCCAAUCAGCUUGUUGGUCGCGAAAUGAUAAUUUCAUUGAGGCUCUUUUUAAUUUUGGACUGUUUUCCCAAAGGUGCGCACUACCUUCCUCCAUGUCCUUGAUUUUCUCUUGUUGCUGUUGCCAAUUCAAAAUGAGUUAUGGUUGUUGUUUCAAAAGCUAACAAGUUUUGUGGCACAUUUUUAAGCAAUUUGGUUCAGCUUGCAAAUUCACUGCUAUUGUUUGUCGUGGAUAUUUUUGCCCCAGUUGAAUAUUAUCCACAAACCCCAAAAUCAAAACUUUCGGAUGAAAUUUUAAAGUGGCAGGAAGUCUAUAAAGACCUGCGGCAGCAUUGAAAUUCUUGCAUCUGUUUAAUGUGUGAUGUGAAAGAUAAGAACCGUUAGCACUCUGCUUAAAGCGACCUACAGACAAACAAAAUAGAGGAAAAUGAACAAAAACGCCCAAAAAUUAUUUUUCUUAUUCUAAAACAUUCAACUGAUAUUCAUUGUUAAAAUAUUUUCCUUGAAGGUAUGAAAAUCACAAGGAAAAUUGCCUAAAUUUUUCACCGGAAAUAUAUUUUUCUGAGACGCUUUUUUAUAAGAUAAAAUAUUUUUUUUUCGGUCGUGACAAAGACAUUCAAAGAUAAAAUGCCAAAUCAUUAUCCAGUUACAGUUGUGCCUUUGUUUGAUAAAUAUCUGGUGUUAGUUUGACAUGGUAACAAAAACAAAGAAAAAAAGACAAAUAAAAAUCUGCUGUGGGAAUCAGUGGUAAAGUUUAAACAUACGUGACAUUUUCUAAGCUUCUCGCCUGUUACACACGCUUUUGAAACGUUUACUUAUUUAUUACACAUUUUAUAAUGCGCCUAGCUAUUUUGAAGUAUGGUUUGUUUAAAAGAUGCGUCUUAUUUCAAACAAAACGCUGAAAGGUUAUUGCGAACCAGUUGAUAGAUUGUCAGAGAGUGUUCAGUAUGGAAAGGGACGGGCCUGAAAACGGAGAAAACUUUAAGUUGGGUACUUUAGCAUAUGGUGAGGAAAACUCAUUGAACUGUAGAACAAUACAACAGUAUUCACCGCUUCCACUUUCACUCCAUCGUUGGCUUGCACUUUGCCUCUGCUGUCGUAUUUAAUCAUUUUCACAAUAAGAACCUGAAAAAAAUGAUGUUGCUAAAUAACUUGAACGUACUUCUGGAUUAAGAGAACUACAUUUUAUUAAUGAGGCGUUGAGUCUUUUUCUCUCCUCGAGCAUCUGGACUCUAGGUUCACCAUACUUUUACAAACAUUAUAUUGGAAUUGUUUGCCGAACAACUAAAAAAUACCUAUACGAGAAAUUGUUCAAAGGGCACUCUGCUCUUGAUUCCACCUAACAAAUAUCCCAAGUUUCUUUAGCCAGUUGUUGAUGUUUACUGUCGUUACACCGUUUUCUAAGAAAGUUUGGGUAUUAGAUUUCAUGUAAUGAAAAGUACUAGGUUUUCACUCCACACUUGAAGUUUAACUUUUUUGGACGUUACAUUCUCUGAGCACCCUUCCCAUAAUGACUGAACACUCCCUAAAUGAGCUACAACCACGUCAGUAGUUCCAGAAAAUGCUUUGUAAAGUUUUGUUCUUAAUUCUAUAAAUGGUCUCUUCUGGGAGCAGUUCAACACAAUAAGUUAUGAUUAUCGCGAUAGCAUUUUGUUAAUACGAGCCAGUGAAUUAAAUCAACCACAAGGCCAAUAAUGCAAAUUGUGGUAACUUUGUGAAUCAUCAGAGCGUGAGGUUGUGCUUAGAGAAUGUUAAUGACCUAUUCGAGUUGGAAAAAGAUUUUCCCGAAGAGUCUUUAAAAGCCAAAACAUUUUUUUUGCAUUUUCGGAAGAAGAGACUGAAAGCUUUUCUCUUUGCAGAUUCAAACAGAUAGUUGCGGACGUCCAAGUUAUUCAAUACAAAUAAAAAUAUGCAUUCUUUAAAUAUCUAGUAAGGAAAACACCGAAAUAUCUGGAAUUUUUCCCGCAGCUUUUUGAAGUGAUUGGAUCUAUUUUAAGUGUGGUACACUUUGUUCAGUCAGCGAAGUUUUAAACCAAAGGAGCGUUUUUCACUUUCUGUUAUAAAUGUUCUUAAUAUUCUGUAAGGUUGAUUCAGAAACGCUCAGCGAAGAGACAGUUUUACUUAGUAUUUCAAAUGACUUCUCACGACACAAUCGCUUAGCUUUAAGUGAAUUGUUGUUUGCGCAUUGGCUCUUUCAUUAGCUGCUGAUGAGCUAUUGUUGAAAUUAAAUCAGUCAUACUGCCUCCGGAAAAAAAAACUGCUUUCGUGUCAUUCAAAUUUUGUGAUUGCUUGAAAUUGUUCUUUGCUAGCCCUGGUAAACUUUUCUCAGCCCUAAACAUUGACUUUAAAAGCACAAUUGUUGUUUGGGGCGGUCAAGAAAUUACAAUAAACAACAUUGUGUUCGAUCGCUUUGUUUUCUUAUUUUGAAUAAGUUGCCCUGGGGGCUCCCUCUUGACUUAUUCUUCGCAUGGAAACGAGGCUCUUGACCACGUGAUAAGUUUCCAAUGCGCGGCGUAGAAAUGUGAAUACUGAUUUAUACAAGCUGUUUGGAUUGUAGGUGGUCUUGUUAAGGUUAAGUACCAAAUGACCCCAAGGUCGUGUUUGAUUACUCGGUUUAUAACGUCGCGUGUUUUUAUUCACCACAGGUGACGACGUGUUUGUUAUUCUGGAAGAAACCGAAGAAGAUGAGAAGCAAGCCACAACACAAGGGGUUCUGGAUAAAAUCGUUGUUACCGCGGACAAAAAUGAACUGAAAAAAGACAAGCUUGAAAACAAAGAGGAGGUAUCAAACCACAGAGUCUCGAAUCCUGCCUAUGAAAUUGAAGUAUCGGAAGCUGGUGUUAAAGGUAUAUCUAAACCACAUGAACGUGAAAACAGAGACGUCUCCGAAAUGAAAAAACGCAAAUCUAGCAAGGACGUGUCUGCCACUCAAAUCGAAGAGGAACUAGACAAAGAAUCAAAGAGGAUUAAAUCUUUUGGAGAUUCUUUCGAAAGAAAGAAAGCUGGCAAAACUACCGCGGGCAAAAAUGGCGAACUGCCAGCUUUGAAUGGAGUGUGUGAAGAUAUUUCAUCUGAUGAAACUCCUGCCAAAAUUCCGAAUGAUACAAAACCUCAGCUCGUUACAGUAAGAGAAGGCUGUAGUUUAACUGCACCGAAACAAAAGGUUGUGUUUUCUAAGGAAAGCCAGGACGAUGCAGCAUUAAACGAUACUGUGUCAAAUUCAGAGAUUUCUGGUCCGCAGGAGAAUCUAGCUAAACAAAACUUUAGAAGUGAUAGCCAAGUUUCGGACGUGUCUACAUUGGAUAAGGAAAUUAAGCGUGGCGUGCUUCAGUCGAAAUCGACUCCUGAACAAGAUUACAACGAAAAAACUGUUGUAAACUCAACAAAACGACUCGAGGAUGAAAAAGAACUUUCACUAAAUAGUUCAAACAUUUCAAAAGAGAAUGACACAAGGAAAGCCAAACGAGAAUUCGCGGGGGAAAUAAUUCCACCAGUGAAAAACAAAACACUAUCAAAAAAUGGCGGGAAUAGCCAAUCUGCCGGCCAAUCUGAAAGCGGUAAACAAUCACGUGAUGAUAGCCCAAAGGUCCUGAAUCUUCCACAAAAUAGAGAUCUGGGUUCGAGAAACAGAACUGAGGAAAAACGAAAAAAUGAAAGAUAUGGAGAGAGUGAAGGGAAAAAACAAACUGAGUUUAAAGACAAACACGAGCCAGUCGUUUUGCCAUCUGUCACUGUCGAACAGGAUAAUAGUCUAAAUGACGGAGACGAUGAAACACCCAAGACUUUGAACGAACCAAGCGGAAACAAACGAGGACAUUCCACUGAAGGAACUGAGAAGCGACGGAGACUGAGCGAGGCGGAUCUCAAUCUCCGCCCGCUGAGUCCUGUGAUGGAGGAUGAAGAAUCUGAUAAACAGUUAUUAAAUCCUUCUGCUGGACGGUCGGCUAAAGUAAAGAAAAGCAAGUCGUUCGUGGCGCGCGGGUUUUCAAAAAUGUUCGGAAGUAAGCGAAAAUAUAAAGUGGACAAAGAACUUAGGGAGAAUUCCUUCUCGUCCGAGUGUGAAAGUCAGACAACUCAGGCGGAGUUUGAUCAGAGUGAGAAUCACGGCGGAGCGAAGGAGAAUAAAAAAAAGAAAAAAAGGAAAGGGGAGGAAAACCAUGGUGGCGAGAAGAUAAGUGAUGGACAAUCAACUGAUGAGGGCAAAAACAAACAUUCGUCGCGCAAGUUUGGCGGCCUCUUCUCGCGGGGAAAAAAGAAAGAGAUGCACUCGCAUUCGAAAGAAAACAAGUAACUAUUUUGCAUUUUUAGAGCGGCAUUUUCGCUCUUGAAGCCAGUCACAGGACUGGUAUGAGCAUAUUAUUGAUUUUAAUAUUGUUUAUCGAAAUUUGAAAGGUUAACAUUUCAUCAGAUCACUGCCGAACAUUAUGAGGUUGAUCUGAUAUUUGAUUUAUUAAGUUCAGAUGAAAUAUCGCAUGAUGAGUUGACGUUAUAUUCUUUCAGUAAUAGCAUCAUUUUCACAACAUAUUGUUUUGCUUUCCAAAAGGAAGUGUAAAAUUUAGCUGAUGAGUCAAAGUCAAAUUAAUAGAGCGAUCGACUGUUUUUUAAGUACCUUUGAAAUAUUGCCAAGCUCGGUACAGUUUAACUAGAUCAUAGUGAUUACCAUUUUGUUCAUUCCAACUAUAUCUGACGAGAACUGUGGUUAAUAUUGUGCAAUAUCUUGCAUAUAGCCACAAACAUUGAUUUAAAACAUUUGUUUUUAGUUUACGCUUCUUAGUGUGUACAAGAAUAGACGGCGGAGGAAACCGGGGGAAGUUGAGAAUAUCUCUCUCUUCCAGUAAUCAGCUUUCCUCUCAUCUCCCGCCCUUUAUCACGCAAAUCUCCAGAUUAAGGAUUUAUUAUUGCGCGCACUUUCCUUUUCUGUCCCAUUUCCUGCCUUAGUGAGCGCCCUUACCUCCCAUGUCACCCACACCCCUUCCGCCCGUUCGUUUCCAGGCUCCCACUCCCUUAUGCCCCUCCACCAGCGGGGAAAAGCAUAAGGGAGUGGGAGCAGGGUGAAAGUAAUCCAUUGGUUUUGGUUGACUGUGCCCAGUGAUUGGUCUUGAAAACUCGCGCUAUCUGCUCGACCAAUCAGAGGCAAAACUAUAUCCAAUCACGAAUUUUUCUCUAACGUUUCCCCGCGCUCCAGGCAGUUUGAUUGUUUUUACUUU